AUGGCCCCCUCAAGCGAAUCCACAUCCCUACCCUCCCUCCCGCAAUCCAAAGAAGAGCUCAAGGCCGAGAUCAAGGCCGAGUCGCAAAAGGUCGUCAGCGCCGGCUUCGCCCAAGUCCGCUCCUUGGCCGCCGGUGGUUUCGGCGGCGUCUGCGCCGUCAUCGUCGGCCACCCCUUCGACCUCGUCAAGGUCCGCCUCCAGACCGCCGAGAAGGGCCUCUACUCCAGCGCCGUCGAUGUCGUGAGGAAAAGCAUUGCCCGUGAUGGUCUCGCCAGGGGUCUCUACGCCGGCGUGUCCGCUCCUCUCGUCGGCGUCACUCCCAUGUUCGCCGUCUCCUUCUGGGGCUACGACGUCGGCAAAUCCCUCGUCCGCUCCUUCUCCCCCACCCAAGACCACUCCGCCCCCCUCACCAUCGCCCAGACCUCCGCCGCCGGUUUCUUCUCCGCCAUCCCCAUGACCGCCAUCACCGCCCCCUUCGAGCGCGUCAAGGUCAUCCUGCAGGUCCAGUCCCAGAACCUGAAACCGGGCGAGAAGCCCCGCUACACCGGCGCCGCCGACGUCGUCCGCCAGCUCUACGCCGAAGGCGGCCUCCGCUCCGUCUUCCGCGGCUCCGCCGCCACCCUCGCCCGCGACGGCCCCGGCUCCGCCGCCUACUUCGCCGCCUACGAGUACAUCAAGCGCCGCCUCACCCCGCGCGACCCCGCCACCGGAUCCCCCACCGGCGACAUCAGCCUCCUCGCCAUCACCGCCGCCGGUGCGGCCGCCGGCGUCGCCAUGUGGAUCCCCGUCUUCCCCGUCGAUACCGUCAAGUCCCGCCUCCAGACCGCCGAGGGCCCCGUCUCCAUCCGCGGCGUCGUGGGUGACCUCUACGCCAGGGGUGGCUUGCGCGCUUUCUUCCCUGGCUUCGGCCCCGCGCUGGCCCGCGCUGUCCCUGCUAACGCGGCUACCUUCCUCGGCGUCGAGCUGGCGCACCAGGCCAUGAACAAGGCUUUUGGUGGCUAG